AUGCAGCAGGACCGUCAUCGUCGCCACCGGGAUGACUCGGGCGAUCAUUUAGUUUUGCGUAAUUUCGACGGAUCUUACAAUGCUCAUGGAGGUCCUAGCGAAGGGCCAAGGCGAUUCAAGAGACUUUUGUCGUUGACCGGGAGGCCAGUUCCAAUUGAAAGUGAUGACGGCCCGCCCGCCCAGGUGUCUUCCAGUCCAACUCGCCCAAAUCGGAAAAAGGAGUCUUCUAAACAUCGUGAGCGUGUUGAACCAGACACGCAUAGUCGGAUCCUUGGGGAGAAGGCCCAGAGAUUCACCGUGAUGCUCAGGGUAACCGCAUCUUCCCUCAGGAACCCAAGCAAGACCAGCCAGAAGAAACCACACGCUCAUACCGGCCCAACUAAGAUUGCUCUGCCAUGGGCCAAGUGGAAGAAUUUCAUUCUGUGCACUCAAACUCGCCUAUUGAACCUCAACAUCUGGAGCCUUACAACAACGUUUCAUACUGCACAGUCUGGAAAUACGCGACCUGGAAGCCCUACGAGGAAGAUGUCUUCUCAGUCGACACACCAAGUAAAAGCAAGUGUACCCGAUACAAAGUACGAUGGGUGGCGGAGGUCUCGUGCAGGCGCGCCACGUAGGCCUUCUCAAACACUGCUUGCGUCCCCGCCCAGCAAUGGGAACCAGUAUGCUGAUGAAGCGCCAAUCAUGGAUGACCCACCUAUCUUUACUACAGAUCCUCAGGAAUACGAUCAGGAGUUACCGGGCAUGGCGACACCUUGUCUCCUCCGCAUCAUCAGCCUGCCCCUAAAUCGGCACUUGGUCGUACCCCAGCAGUGGCCUCCGGAACCCGAUCUCUCCCCUGUUCCGGCUCCCGUAGCACCUCGAACUCCGGUCUCAGAGCCCGUUACCGAGCGAACCUCGGUACACAUUCACAUAGUGCACGGGCCCCGUAUACCUUCACCUGCACCAGCACGGGCCACAGCCACGCCAACACCAGAUUCACCGCGUCCACCGGUUGUUUCCGCAUCUCCAGCACUUGCUUCUGGUCCUCCGCCUCUUAUUCGCAUCUACUCCCCACCAGCGAUUUCUAUGCCUAUCCCCGUACCUGCGCCCGCACCUUCCCCGCGGGUUCUUCCUCUAAAGAUCGAGCGACAGCUUCCCUCUGAGCCCUCUGAGCCUCCUGAGCCUCGUCCUAGGUCACCCAGCUUCCGAUUCGAACACCAUCGCCCAUCGUUUACCACCCCGGAUCUCCACCAGACUCCUCCGAUCCAAACUCCUCGAGCUCAUACACCCAUCUGGAAGACCAUAUUCAAAUCAAUCCAGUCGACACCCUCCCGGGCGAAUCGCACGGCUACGAUGAUCCUAGAGGUUCGCUCUCCUGUUCCAGAUACACCACAUAUGUACUUCCUAGGCGGCAACUCCUACAUUGACGAGUCCAGGAGUCAUGGUCAACGAUCCUUCCGGUCCUACUUCUCUUAUAGACCGGGAUCCUGGCCCAGGACCUUAUUCCCCUGCACGAUCCGUGAAUAUCGAGUAUCGGAAAGGCCUCCGACUGGUUCCAUGCUCAGCAAUCGUCCUAUGCCUCGACAUAUUGCUGGAUUAUCCGAGUCGGAGCACCAGAUGCGGCAGCAGAAUCGUCAGACCGGUUCAGAAAUGUCAGGAUCCUCGCUAUUACGAUCGGCAUGGACAGCCUACAGAUUAUCCGACUUCAGCCACUCCACCCCAAUUACCCCCGUGGAUACUGGAAGUUCGCAUACGACCCGCCCACGCCCAGAUCCUUCUAAGGAACUACCUGCAUGGUACCCUCGCGAACAAAUGGCUCGGAAUCCUACGCUCCCUGUUCCUCCAGAAAGGGAAUCUCGGGGACCGAAAAUCGGGCAAGAAGCCUGGGUUGGCGCUCAAGUCCCCAUGACACCAAAGGACGACAGUAUGCCGACUCCUCCAGUCCUUCCGCCGAAACCGGUUGUACCGCAUGUGCCUGAACCUGAGGUGCAGCCCAGCGGAGAGAAGAAACGAGUACCCAAGUACCGCAUUGAACAGGACGAACGGGGCCACCCCGUGCUGGUCCCGGAACCUGGAUCUGACGAUAGCAGGUGGACAGUAUUUGAGAUUGGAGGAGUUGAGUUCAAGCGUGCACCAGGCGAUUCGGCCAGGGCGACCCAUUGGAUGCCAAAGCGGCUCAGUGGGUUGCGCCGGUCCGAAGUUCGAAGUCAAGCUCACCAGUAUUCGGAGUCGCCUGCUCCGGUUCACGCUCCCCUGGAAGGACGACAAUAUAAUGCUUAA